CCGAGCCGGGGGCCGGGAGCCGGCGCGGGGCGGGGGCGCACGCGGCGGCCGGCAGCCCCGGACCUCGGCGCUGCCCCGCGCCCCGCGCCCAGGGCGGACUAUGCCAUUGGGAGCCCGCCGGGGCCGAGGCCAACUUGGAGCCGCCGCGGCCGGGGGAGGAGGAGGUGCCCGGGCGGCCCGGAGCAGCUCUCCCCGGGGCCGCGGCCGAGGCGGAGGGGCCCCGGCCGCGCAGCCUUGAGGCGGAGGAGCAGCCAGCCCCCGGCGGGCCGGGGCCGGAGGAAGAGCUCGGGGCCGCGCCAGGCCGGAGGGGAGCGCCCUGCCCUGCCCCGCUCUGCCCCGCGCCGCACGCACGCACGCAGCCCGAGGCCAGCAGAGGAUGUCAGCACAUGUGUGCCAUGGUAUCAUUCACCCUUCACUGCAGCCCGAGGCUUGUCCUCCUCUUCUGCUCAUGAGUGCCGGGGACGACACUGCAGGUGGGCGGUCCAGAUCAGGAGAUUCCAGGUUUGACUCCUGGCUGUCCGGGCUGUCUGACGUCGUGUCUCCUUCCAGCAGAAGGAGUCCUCGAUGAAUUCCGUUGUGAUUCUUUAAGAAGUCUUCACGCGAAGUCCCCAGGUUGCAGUUCCCUUGAGACGGGAAGGCUCGGACUUCAAGAUGCUUAUAAAGGAAUAUCGCAUUCCUCUUCCCAUGAGCGUGGAGGAGUAUCGCAUCGCCCAGCUGUACAUGAUACAGAAAAAGAGCCGGGAGGAGACAUGCGGGGAAGGCAGCGGCGUGGAGAUCCUGGAGAACCGGCCGUACACCGACGGGCCGGGCGGCGCCGGCCAGUACACGCACAAGGUGUACCACAUCGGGAUGCACAUCCCCAGCUGGUUCCGCUCGAUCCUGCCCAAGGCGGCCCUGCGGGUGGAAGAGGAAUCCUGGAACGCUUACCCCUACACCAGGACAAGGUACACGUGCCCUUUUGUGGAGAAGUUCUCCAUUGACAUUGAAACUUUUUAUAAACCCGACGCAGGAGACAGUGCCAACGUGUUCAACCUCUCUCCUGUGGAAAAGAGACAGACCACACUGGAUCCUAUCGAUAUCGUCAAAGACCCCAUCCCUCCCAACGAGUACAAGUUGGAGGAGGACCCCCGGCUCUUUCGAUCGGUCAAAACGAAGAGAGGCCCGUUGUCCGAGGACUGGAUUGAGGAGUGCCUCCGGCACCCCACUCACUUGCCCAUCAUGUGUGCGUACAAGCUGUGCAAGGUGGAGUUUCGCUACUGGGGCAUGCAGUCCAAGAUCGAGAGGUUCAUUCACGAUGUUGGUCUCCGGAAGGUGAUGGUGAGGGCCCACCGGCAGGCCUGGUGCUGGCAGGACGAGUGGUAUGGGCUGACCAUCGAGGACAUCCGGGAGCUGGAGAAGGAGGCCCAGCUGAUGCUGUCCCGCAAGAUGGCCCAGUAUAUGGACAGUGACGGGCACGGGCCCCAGGAGCCCCCCAGUGAGGAGAAGGAGGAAGACAACGCUUUGAGGGAGGUCCCGGAGCCCCCCAGCACCAAUGGGGAGGCCCUCAAGGGGCGAGGCCUAACAAAGCAGUGGUCCACAUCUUCCAAGUCCUCCCGGUCAUCCAAGCGAGGAGGGAGCCCUUCUUGCCAGAGCAUUUCAGAGUGGAGAAUGCAGAGCAUAGCCAGAGACUCGGACGACAGCUCGGACGAAGAGUUCUUCGAUGCCCACGAGGAUCUAUCUGACAAUGAAGAGUCAUUCCCCAAGGAAAUCACCAAAUGGAGCUCCGAUGACCUUAUGGACAAGAUCGAAACCCCCGAACCAGAUGCGCCUGUGAUCACUGCUCCCCCAUGGGCAGAGCUGCAUGAGGUCACAAGUCCGACAUCCCUUGACAAUCUGUACCCUGAGCCAGUAGCCAGCACCUGGGAAACACGUGGGAGCUCAAGCGUGCUGGACGAAGCCGGCCCCCCGCUGGUGCCGCCCUCCAAGAUCCACGUCUUGCUGCUGGUGCUACACGGUGGAAACAUCCUGGACACGGGGACUGGUGACCAGAGCUCGAAGCAGGGCGACGUCAACACCAUUGCCACCGCCUUUGACACGGUCAUGCGUGUGCACUACCCCACGGCCCUGGGUCGCAUCACCAUCAAGCUGGUCCCCUGCCCGCCCAUCUGCUCCGAAGCCUUUUCUCUUGUCUCCAACCUGAGCCCCUACAGCUACGACGAAGGCUGCCUCUCCAACAGCCAGGACCACAUCCCGCUUGCAGCCCUGCCCCUACUGGCCACCUCCUCCCCCCAGUACCAGGAGGCAGUUGCCGUGGUGAUUCAGCGCGCAAAUCACGCCUAUAACGAAUUCCUCAGGUCUCAGGACGGCAUGACCUUCAAUGGGCAGGUCUGCCUGAUAGGGGACUGUGUCGGAGGGAUCCUGGGAUUCGAUGCCUUAUGCUACAGCAACCAAACCGUCUCAGAAAGCCAGAACAGCAGCCGCCGGGGAAGCGUGGUGAGCGUCCAGGACACCGACCUCCUGUCCCCUGGGAUCCUGGUGAACAACACUCACUGCUCCGGGGGUGCCGGCGGCGGCUCUGGUGGCGGGGGAGGCAGUACUAGUGGCGGCAGCGGCGGCUCCAGCCUGGAGAGCAGCCGCCAUCUGAGCCGAAGCAACAUCGACAUCCCCCGCAGCAACGGGGGCGAAGAUCCCAAAAAGCAGUUUCCCAGAAAAAGGAGCGAUUCGUCCACCUACGAGGUGGACACCAUAAAACAGCAUCAGGCCUUCCUCUCCAGUCUGCACUCCAGCGUGUUGCGGAACGACCCCAACUCGCGUCGCUCGAGCAGCUCCACCAUGCUGGAUGGGACUGGGAGCUACGGGAAGUUUGAAUUUGAGAUCUCCGACUUCUUCCUCUUUGGCUCGCCCUUGGGGCUAGUGCUGGCCCUUAGGAAGACGGUCAUCCCGGCCCUGGACGUCUUCCAGCUCCGGCCCGCCUGCCAGCAGGUCUAUAACCUCUUCCACCCUGCGGAUCCCUCGGCCUCCCGUCUGGAGCCUCUCUUGGAGAAGAGGUUCCAUGCCCUGCCCCCUUUCAACAUCCCCCGCUACCAGCGCUUCCCCCUGGGUGACGGCUGCUCCACCCUGCUGGCGGACGUCAUCCAGUCCCACAAUGCCGUCUUCAUGGAGAACGCUUCCCCGUCCUCUCCCGGCACGGCCCCCAGCUUCCGGGGCUUCCGCCGGGCCAGCGAGGUCAGCAUCACAAGCCAGGUUUCCGGCAUGGCUGACAGCUACACUGCCUCCAACAUCGCCAACAAGACCCCACCGGCCCUGAGUCACACCCCCAGUGUCAGGCGCCUGUCCCUGCUUGCCCUCCCCCAGCACCCCCCCGCCACCCUGGGGCCCCAGAGACCCAGGCCUCAGCCGGGGGAGCUGCCCCUCAGCCAUGUCAGGGAGAGGCUGGCGGGGGACCUGAGUCCGAGCCUGGACCGAGUCCCCAAUCUGGACAUCGGAGAAGUUGCUGCCAAAUGGUGGGGAACCAAGCGCAUCGACUACGCCCUGUACUGCCCAGACGCCCUCACUGCUUUCCCCACCGUGGCUCUCCCCCACCUCUUCCACGCCAGCUACUGGGAAUCCACUGACGUGGUCUCCUUCCUGCUGAGACAGAUCAUGAGGCAUGAGAACGCCAGCAUCUUGGAGCUGGACGGCAAGGAGGUGUCCGUGUUCACGCCCUCGAAGCCCCGGGAAAAGUGGCAGAGGAAAAGAACUCAUGUGAAGCUGCGGAACGUCACGGCUAAUCACAGGAUCAACGAUGCCGUGGCCAAUGAGGAAGGCCCUCAGACCCUGUCAGGCAGGUUCAUGUACGGGCCCUUAGACAUGGUCACCCUGACAGGGGAGAAGGUGGACAUCCACAUCAUGACUCAGCCGCCGUCCGGGGAGUGGGUCCACUUUGACACACUCGUCACCAACAGCAGCGGGCGCGUCUCCUACACCAUCCCCGAGGAGCAGCGUCUGGGCGUCGGGGUCUACCCCAUCAAGAUGGUGGUCAGGGGGGACCACACGUUCGCAGACAGCUACAUCACCGUCCUGCCCAAGGGGACCGAGUUUGUGGUCUUCAGCAUCGACGGCUCCUUCGCCGCCAGCGUCUCCAUCAUGGGCAGUGACCCCAAGGUGCGGGCAGGUGCUGUGGAUGUAGUAAGACACUGGCAGGACCUCGGCUACCUCAUCAUCUACGUGACGGGAAGGCCCGACAUGCAGAAGCAGCGGGUGGUGGCCUGGCUCGCGCAGCACAACUUCCCUCACGGGAUCGUCUCCUUCUGCGACGGCCUCGUGCACGACCCUCUGCGGCACAAGGCCAACUUCCUCAAGUUCCUCAUCACCGAGCUCCAGAUGCGGGUGCACGCCGCCUACGGCUCCACCAAGGACAUCUCCGUCUACAGCUCCAUCAGCCUGCCCCCCAUGCAGAUCUACAUCGUCGGGCGCCCCACCAAGAAGCUGCAGCAUCAGUGCCAGUUCAUCACGGAAGGCUACGCCGCCCACCUCGCUCAGCUCAAGUACAACCACCGUGCCCGGCCGGCCAAGAACAGCACACGGAUGGCUCUUCGCAAGGGCAGCUUCGGCCUCCCGGGACAAGGCGACUUCCUGCGCAAGCGGAACCACCUCCUGCGCACCAUCUCCUCCCAGCCCGCCGGGCCCAGCCACAAGCACGAGCGGACGCAAAGCCAGUCGGACAGCGAGCGGGAGCGGGAGCGCGAGCGGGGCCAGCGCAGCAUGAGCGUGGCCACGGGCUGUUGGGGCCGCCGGCCGGAGGCGGGGCCCCCCCCGGGCCCCAAGUAGAGGGGCCCGCCUCCCCCCCCCCCCAGGAACUGGCCCUGGAGUGGCCCUGAGUGGGAGGUGUCACCAUGGUGCUAGGAGGCGAGGGGGACAGCCCCGCGGGCUGUGGGUCUGGACUGAGCCCAGAGCCAAAGGCCGGAGGACUCGGACCGGGCUGGCCCUCCGGGCCCCCUGGGCUCCGGCCUCAGGCACUUUGCUGCUUCUGCCACAGACAAGCACAGGACAUGCCCUGCCUCUGCUCCCAGGGAUGGGAGACCCGGAGUGGCGACCCCAGGGGGUUCUCACCACAGGAAGCAGGGCCCGAUCCUGACCUGCAGGGAGAAGGGGUCCCCCAUCCUCUGCCACAGAGACCUCUUGCGGGGUCUGCGUCCCCCGGGUUUUGGAGUUUGGGGUCUUCAGCUCUCCGGGAGGCCGGCAGCAUCUGCUGACUGAUGUGGGGAAACCGUCCGCGCCCCCGUUGCUGGGGGAGUGGCCUCUGGGGGGGCCCCGCUGGCCCGGCCCCAGCCCCUUUGUUCCCCCACACUGGAGGUGACCCGGCCACGUGCUUUCUCCGUAAGCCAGUGUGGGGGGGGUGCCCCCCGUCUCCCCAGACACGGUAGCAGCUCCCCGGGAGUCCGACCUGCUUCUUUUAACUUGUCACUCAACUGUAAAACCUCAUCGUUUUUUGCACUGAUGAUCCUUUGGAUGGAGACCUGUUACCAUCUCAUGUGGCUGCGCCCCGUCCUCGGUAGUGCAUGACCAUUAAACACUUUGCGAUCCAGGAUGGCGUUCUGUGCGGGUUUGUCACUCGGGGCUCCGGCCUUGUCUCCGGGACAGGAAGGAGGCCCUGCCGUCCAGCACGUCUUGUACAAAGCUUAAGGAAAAGGCCAUAGCCCCCCACCCCACCCCCCACAGCUCCUAGUGCCCGGCCCCAGGGCCCUCUCAGAGCAGACAGGAGGGCGGGGGAGCCCCUCGGGUCCAGACCAGCCAUGAGUCUGGUGUCCCCUGCUCCGGGCAUCCGCCCCCGAGCAGCCAGCCAAGGUCUGGGCACCUGAGGCCCCCAGCGCCCACCUCUGGGGCAGAGAGCCUGGGGAGGGGAGCAGCCGGACACAUACUUGGAGCCCAGAUCUGGCCGAGCCCCCCCUUUUCCCCAGCGCUCUGACACUGCUGCCGCUGCCCACUGCAGUGCAUUAUCUUUCUAUUCCUUUCUAUGGCAUGAUUUGAUUUCUAAAUCGAGAGUUGGGUUGUUUGGUCUUUUCCAAAAACUCGGCUGCUUUUGAUUUUCUUAACUUUUUCAGUACCAAGGGCAGCCCUGCUUUGUGAAAACCUAGCACUGUGAAAGCAGCCCGCUAAGGGGGGGCUCUGGGCCCUGCUACCAUCUCCCAGGCCCAGAAACGCCCCAACUUUCCUGGCAUUCAGAGCCUCACUCCGGAGGAUUUCCUCACUCCUGAUAUUUCCAAACUCACUGAAUUUCUACUCUCUCAUUGGGGCUUUCUGGGCAGGUGGAAGGGGCGCAUCUAACAGAUUUUUAAAAAUGCAAAUGAUUUUGAAGCGAAAAUCCGGACCGUCGCAUCCUUCCUGCGUCAUCGCGGCCAAUGGCUCGCCGUCUCCCGUGGGACCUUUGGCACUUUCUCCCGAUGAAACCGGACAUCCCCUUUCUAACCAGUCAGCUUUUCUCGACAUGCUGCCUUGAUCUCAUCUCCACCAGGCAACUGGCCCCCAUGCGAAUCCUCUUUGAGCUCUGCUAUCUCUCCCAGGGGCCAGCAGAGAAGUCCGCCUUUGGCCGGAGAAGCCGGCCAAGCCAAGGAAAAGGUUCUCGGGAAGAAAGGAAGAAAGGAAUCGAGCAUCUGGACACGGCCUCUGUCCAUGGCCCCUGUCCACAGCCCAGCCACCGAACGGAGCCGGCCGGGCCCUUCUGUACAUUUUGUUUGUUUGGGGGAGGGAGGGAGGUACCAAAAGCUGUUGACACUUUCUCUCGUGUAGAUAUUGUAAAGAGGGGGGGAAGGAUCCUGUAAAUGUUCAGAAAAGGGGGGUGUACACAGAGUGCAAGUUAUUUAUUUUGUGUAGGGAGAAUGUCUGGAGGGGAGAGAACCUUCAGGGCUCAUUCAUGUUGAAGAUGUAGCUUCCUUUUGUUAUUUCAGGCAUUAUGUACAAAGCCAGUGUUUCAUGAACCCAGUCCCUCAUCCCCAUCUCCAAAGAAUGCAAUAUCUGACCCCCGCACCCCCGCUGUCUCCCCCUCCCCCUCAGCUCAGUCCCACAAUCGCAGCCUUGGGGGCAGAGGGUUGGGAUGGGGGGAGGAGCUCUUCCCGAGCAAAGUCUCGGACCCCGAUGGCAAUAAUGGUGGCUGGAGACUACCAUGGGAAGGUGGCAGCCCCCAACUGGCCGCUCUCCUCCUGAGUCGGCCACAUCCGCCGCCCUUGGCGCCGUCGUGGCCUGGGAGGCUCCCUGCCCCCACCCAGGACAAGAGCAAUAGCGCUAGUCUCCGUCUGUCCCAACCCCAUCGGUCCGAAGUGCUUCCCCACCGUGCUCCCCGGCACAGCCACCUGUCUGGCGUAAACGGACCGGCCGGGCCCAGGUCCCUCGGCCGUGGAAGGAGAGAGGAGCAGACAUCUCCGAAGUAGGGAGCCCCUCCCCUUGUUCCUUUCCACAGCCCUCUGGAUUCUGGAGGUGGAUUUGCUGUUGAGAAAGCUUUUUGGGUUUUUUUUUUUUGUUUUUUUUUGUUUUUGAGACACUUAUUUUUUAAAUACCAAAAAAUAAAAUCCAAAUGUUUACGACAAGCGGUCCUGAGUACCACGCCCGCCGCGGGCGGGGGAGCCGCCCCUCCCCACCGGAUCACCCAGUACCUCUGCAUUGCCCAAGUCUAUCUAGAAGCCUUACUAGUCCUCUCCUCCCAGGAGGAGACUCGCCCAGGAGCUCUGGGUGUUCCCAACCGUCAAUUUUAUACUCCAUCCUCUUCAUCCCAUCUUAUUUCUAAAGAGGCAUUUCUUAGGGAUGCAGCUCCGAGAUACAGCUCCUUCGGGCUUGGCCUGAAAGGCCCGCCCCUGGCUGGCAGCCAGUCGGCCACGCCCCACUUUCAUCUCCGAUUCUGUCUGUGUUGGCACCUCUCGGCUCGUCCGCGAAAGCCCACCCACUUAUUUGCCCUUGCCGUGCGUCCAUCAGUGCACCGUCCCAACUGGGUGUGUAUCCUCUGUACACGGUAUCACUCUAUGUUACACGAAUAAAGGGAAGACUUCUUUCCUGA